AUGCACUACGCUUACCUGUGCCCACUCACUGCCAUGAUCUUCCUGGCCGCAAGACCUGCCUUGGACAGCUUCGGGAUAGCUCUGGCCCACAGGCUCACAGCUGUUUGGCCUAAGGUUAUGGUGAUUCUUUUAACCGGUGAUAACACUAACUCUAUUGAGGGAUGUCUCAUUCAAGCAUUUUUCAUGAUAACUUUAAAGAUCUCAAGAAAUGCAAGAAAGAAAGCAUUUGAAACUUGUGCUCCCCAUUUGAUUGUUUUUAUCAAUUUUUCGUUCGUCUCUAUAUUCUUUGUCAUUUAUUUUCGUUUCUAUCCGAAUUUCCAACACUUGUUUCUAUCCGUAUCUUACAACCUUUUCCCUCCACUGUUGCACCCACUUGUAUAUGGCAUACGGAAUAAGGAGACAAGACAGAGCUUCUCCAAAGUACGGAGGAAGGUCAUUUUUGCCCUUUCUGGAUGUCAGACCACUUCCAAUUUGUAA